AGCGUGUCGUCGCGCAGCUCACGCCGCAGUAACACGAGCUCACGCCGCAGUAAGACAAGCUCACGCCGCAGUAACACAAGCAUGCGCGCCGCCUUGCUCCUCGCCACGGCCGCGGCGCUCGCGCCGACCCAGCGCACGCGCCGCCGCACCGCGCCCUUGCAGUCGUCGGUCGUCGACGCGGCGAACCCGCGGAGCGUGGGGCUCGCGCUCGAGCUCGACGACGGCACGCGCAAGGUGCACUCCGUCGCCGAGAACACGCAGUUCGUCACGGGCUUCUUCCGCGGCCUCGGCAGCUCCGACGCGUUCGCGGCGCUGUCGACGUCGUUCUACUACGUCUACGAGGCCAUGGAGCGCCAGAUGGACGAGACGACGUCCCCGACGCUCAAGGCGCUCGACUACCCGGCGCUGCGCCGGUUGCCGGGCCUCGAGCGCGACAUGGAGUUUUACUACGGCGCGGACUGGCGGACGGCGAAGCCGCGGCCGAGCGCGGCGACGCUCGCGUACGUCAAGCAGAUCGAGGCGGUCGGCGCGGGCCCCGAGCCCGAGCUCCUCGUGGGCCACCUCUACAGCCGCUACCUCGGCGACCUCUUCGGCGGGCAGAUGAUGUCGGGCAUGGCCGUCAAGUCGCUCGGCGACUCCGUCGGCGACGAGGCCGGCGGCCUCUCGUUCUACGCCUUCGACGCCAUCCCGAACACGAAGGCCUUCAUCACCGAGUGGUACGAGACGCUCAACGGCCUCGACCUCGACGACGCGCAGCGCGCGGCCAUCGUCGACGAGGCCAACGUCGUCUUCCGGCUCAACAUCGCCAUCUUCGACGAGCUCGAGGGCAACCCGCUGAAGAGCUUUCUGUCGGUCGCCCUGAAUUCCCUCAAGGAGAAGCUCUUCGGCUAA